GUAAAGCACACAGCAGCUUUCACUGCUAUGAAAUACCAAGCAGAGACCAGCUGCAGGCAAAGGAAUACUCUGUGACAAGCCAGGAGGCAGUGGAAUAGCCAAGCAGACAGUACUUGGGGGAGUGUGUGGACAUGGCUCAAGCUCCACAGACAGGGGGAUCAAGACGCUUCAGUGGAGCACAGUGGCAUCUGCAGAAAAUCAUCAAUGACUCUGUAGACAGCUCAGAUGAUGAAUUCUUCGAUGCUAGAGAGGAAGUUGUGGAGGGAAAGAGUGCCAUCCUGAUUGGCAUGAGUCAGUGGAACUCUAACGAUCUGGUGGAGCAGAUAGAAACCAUUGGAAAGAUGGAAGAAAACCCAGGGGAACUUUACAGAGUACAUGGAAGGAAGCACCGAUGCCCCCGGCAAAGUAGCUUUGAGAUACAAGAGGAUAGCGAGGAUGCAAUGCAAGAGAAUUCCUGCAAGACUCAAGUCCUGGCACUUGUACUUCAUGGCGGCAGUAUACUGGACACUGGAGGAGGGGACAUUAACAGCAAGUUGGCAGAUGUUAACACAUUCAGCUCAGUAUUCGAGAAGGUGACAAGAGCCCAUUUCCCUGCAGCUCUGGGACACAUCCUAAUCAGGCUUGUUCCGUGUCCUGCAAUAUGCUCAGAGGCAUUUUCACUGGUUUACAACCUUAACCCUUAUAGCUACGAUGAAAACUGCCUGAACAUUAGCGAAGAUCACAUACCCUUAGCUGCCUUGCCGCUGCUAGCCAUUUCUUCUCCACAGUACCAGGAUGCAGUUGCUAUGGUGAUCAACAGAGCAAACCAAGUUUACAAUGAAUUCCUGAAGUCUCCAGAUGGGGCCAGCUUUAAUGGACAGGUGUGUCUCAUCGGAGACUGUGUGGGAGGCAUUUUGGGGUUUGACGCCCUUUGUUACAGCGGUAAGACACCUGGAGAGAGCCAGAACAGUAGCCGAAGAGGAAGCUGCAGUAGCAUUCAGGAUAAUUCCACACCCCCAGAAGAUAACAGUGCUGGAUUACGAGGCACUAAGCGUCUUAGCAAAAGCAAUAUUGACAUCUCAGGAGUCUUGGAUAACGGGGCACCGAAACAGCCUUUGCUAAGGAAGCAAAGUGAUUCAUCGACUUAUGACUGUGAUACAAUAACACAGCACCAUGCUUUCCUGUCUAGCAUCCAUUCGAGUGUUUUAAAAGAUGAUAUGGAUUUUCCAAGAACUGGGAGCUCCAAUCUCUGCGAAGUAAUCAUGGGACGGUUUGACUUUGAAGUAUCAGACUUCUUCCUAUUUGGUUCACCCCUGGGGCUAGUACUAGCCAUGAGGAGAACAGUUCUGCCUGGCUUGGAUGCGUGCCGAGCCCAUCCAGCUUGCAGUCAAGUCUACAGUUUCUUCCACUCUGCUGACCCAUCAGCUUCAAGGCUGGAGCCACUCUUGGAGAAGUCUUUCCACAUGCUUCCUCCAUUUAAUGUGCCCAGAUACCAGAAGAAUCCCCUGGGCGAUGGCAAGUCCUACCUUUUAGUGGAUGCUAUCCAAGCCUGCAGUGCUGCGUUUGUAGAACAAGGCACGCCCAAUAACACAGCUUCUGCUGAUACCUCUCCACUGGCCAGCCUGUCAACCCCAACACAGAGGAAAGCCAGAAGGUCGAGCCUGGUGAGCAUGAGCAGCGAGAUGUCUGGGUCUUCAGAAAGCUUGCCUUCAGCAAAGAUUGCCAACAUUACAGCAAACUGGUGGGGAAGCAAGCGCAUUGAUUACGCUCUGUACUGCCCUGAUGUACUCACUGCCUUCCCCACCGUAGCACUGCCGCACCUUUUCCAUGCCAGCUACUGGGAAUCCACUGACGUGGUGGCCUUUAUUCUGAGACAGUUGAUGAGAUACGAGAGUGUACAGAUCCAGCAAAAGGAAGGCAUCGACUGCAUGAACAUGAGCCCCUCCAGCCGUCAAGAGAAAUGGCUUCGGAAGAGAAACCACGUCAAGUUGCGUAAUGUCACAGCCAAUCACAGAGCCAAUGAUGUCAUUGCUGUGGAAGGAGGCCCCCAAGUCUUGGUUGGUCGUUUUAUGUAUGGCCCAUUGGACAUGGUUGCAUUGACUGGUGAAAAGGUGGACGUCCUUAUCAUGACUGAGCCAUCAUCUGGCAGGUGGGUGUACUUUGAAACAGAGAUAUCAAACAGUAGUGGCCGGGUGUCUUACAGUGUUCCAAAAGACAAGAGACUCGGUGUGGGAGUUUACCCAAUCAAGAUGGUUGUCAGGGGUGACCAGAGCAGUGCACAAAGCUACCUUACUGUGCUCCCCCCAGGCAUGGAGUGUGUGGUCUUCAGCAUAGAUGGCUCUUUUGCAGCAAGUGUCUCCAUAAUGGGAAGUGAUCCCAAGGUACGAGCUGGAGCAGUGGAUGUUGUCAGGCACUGGCAGGACUUGGGUUUUCUAAUAAUUUACAUCACGGGUCGACCGGACAUGCAGAAGCAGCGGGUCGUCUCCUGGCUAUCUCAGCACAACUUUCCCCAGGGCAUGAUCUUCUUUUCUGAUGGCCUUGUGCAUGACCCAUUGCGCCAGAAGACAAUAUUCCUCCGCAACCUGAUGCAAGAGUGUCACAUUAAGAUCAGUGCGGCCUAUGGCUCCAUGAAGGAUAUUUCUGUGUACAGUGUUCUGGGAUUAUCCCCACCUCAGAUCUAUAUUGUUGGACGUCCAGCUAAGAAAUAUCAGAACCAAUGUCAGUUUGUCAGUGAUGGCUACGCUGCUCACUUAGCAUCACUAGAAUUUAGCCACCACUCCCGUCCAAAGAAGAACAAUUCCAGAAUGAUCUUGAGAAAGGGAAGUUUUGGCCUGCACACCCAGCCUGAAUUUCUAAGAAAAAGAAAUCACCUUCGUAGGACUAUGUCUGUGCAGCAACCAGAACCACCAUCCACCAAUCCCAAACCAGAAAGAGCACAAAGUCAACCAGAGUCAGACAAAGAUCAUGAGCGACAUUUAAACCCCCUAUCUUGGGUAAGAAAUGCAAGCCACAAAUUUGAGCCCUCACCAUAACAAAGACAGAGACUUUUACUGUUAAAAAUUCAUACGACAAGAAGACCAUCAAGAAUUUCAGAAAGGUUGUGGGUAUAAAGCAAUACAUUGGUUCAUGGUGGUUUUCCACAUGAUCUGCUCCACAACCUAAGAAACAGAAUGCACAUGGGCUGCAAAUAUCUACAUGAGAAUAAUGUUAGAAAAGGUGCAUUGUGGGUAUGAUACUCACAGGAAUAGGUCCCAUGUAUAUUUAAUACCAUUUCACUGCUAUCAUAAGUAUGCCAAAUCUGCCUCCUUCUACCAGUGAAAAUGGUCUCUAAGAAUUCAAUUCUAGGGAUAAAAACACAAUAAAUUAAGGCAUCUCAUGUUUGAUUAAGUGAACAAAAAAUGCCUGUAAAGGUAUACCUUCUCUUCUGUAUAUAUGUUAUUGAUAUGCAGUGUGAUAUACAAUCACAUGCUAAAGCUGUGCUGUAGCUGUCAACCUGACCUAAAUGUCCUGACCUAUAAUGUACUGUAUAUUUAGCUUUGAAGCUGUCACAAAUUCUAAAAAGUAUCACUGCUAUGCUUGUGUUGUGUCCGGGAAAAGUUACAAAUCUGAAAUGAAAUUAGACUUGAGCAAGUGUGAUCACUUUUACUACCAUAACCACUGGCAGAACAAACACUAGAUGGUUAAUAAUGGUUAUGUCUUCAGCACUGACUACCUAUAGAAAUGUGUUAAUGUCUGGUCAGCCAAGGAGUACGUAAGUGGUAGGAGCCUACUAAGCUUUGAUGAUAUAUUUCCAUUUGCUCAGGUUUUUGGUUGGCAGAUCUAGUUUCUAACUAGUGGGGAUAUAUGCCUUGAUGCUCUGCUCAGAUAUAGCUUCAUCACUCAAGAGUAUUAUUUACGGUAAGACUGCAUAUUAAUCCACAUUAUUGAGCUUGCCAUGAUCCAACAAGGCACAUUGUAUCGCCAGUUGUAUAUGUGGCACAAGGUACCUAAGGAAACAAAACAGUGGAUGGUUCAGUUGUUAGAGAUUAAAUAAAUCUUUCCAGGUUUUGAAAAAAAGGUUUAUUUCCUGAAGUUGUUUCUAGUUAGCAAACACAUGACGUGACUUUUUGUACAGAAGCAAAGCUUUAUAUAAAGAGAGAUACAGAGGCUGGGAAAAAUACUGUUUGUAUCUUGUAUUAUUUUAUGCUCACCAGGUGUCUGGGUUUUCUCAGUAUUAAAUAUGAUUGUUACAAUUCUGUAAGUGAGAUAUUUAAAGUAUGUAUAUGUUCUGAUUAAUGGUAAUGUAUAAAUAGUGGUCAGGCAAUAUAAACUCUCAUAUUUAGUAUCACUUAUUUGCUCUUUGGAUCAUGUAAUGUGCAAACGCGAGUGUGUGAAAUGCAUCUUAUAUAGAUGUCUGUCUAUACAAUCCCCUGGUUAGACAGCAUACAGACAAUCUCAUUGGGCACACCUCAGCCUCACAGUUUCUGAUUGGUCUGUGCACACCAAUAAGUGUGAUACAACUUAAA